UCGGAUGACAAUGACGGACUUUGGGGAAAUCCUAAAACAUGUUGGGGAAUUCGGUCGCUUUCAGAAAUGUUUGGUCUUCAUGUUGUGUUUUCUUAGUUUUUUCAAUGCUUUCCACAUGUUUGGACAGGUGUUUAUGGGAAUCUCUGUCCCUCACCACUGCAAUACUAGCUGGAUUCUGGCAAUAAAUCCAAAUCUGACUGAGGAAAACCAGCGGAAUUUAACCAUCCCACGUAAUGAACAUGGAAGCUACGAGCAAUGCCGCAUGUACACUCCAGUGGACUGGGAUAUGGAAACUAUUGAGAGGUUGGGACUUAAUAGCACUGAGGACUGCCAGAAUGGAUGGGUGUAUGACAAGUCACAGCAAAAGUCAACAUUGGUCACUGAGUUCGACCUGGUGUGUCACAGAAAAGAACAGACGGAUAUUUCCCAGUCCAUCUACAUGUUGGGACUCCUUAUUGGAUCCAUUAUUUUUGGUCCCUUAGGAGACAGGAUUGGGAGGCGUCCUGUUAUAUUAAUCUCAAUGUUAUUGAUGUUCUCGUUUGGUGUCGGAGCUGCAUUUGUUACGGAUUUCUACGUCUAUACAGCCCUGAGAUGUGUUGUCGGAAUCGCCAUGUCAGGGGUCCUGAUUAAUAAUCUCGUAUUAGUUGCAGAGUGGGUGGGAUCUUCUGGUCAUGUCUGCUUUGCGGUGGGACAGAUGGUUCUGGCCGGGCUUAGUUAUGGCAUUAGGAAUUGGAGAUUGCUACAGAUUGCUUGUUCUGCACCCACAGGCUUAUUAUUCUUCUAUAUUUGGGUUCUUCCAGAAUCGCCCAGAUGGCUUUUAACUAAAGGAAAACAUAAAAAAGCAAAAAAUCUUCUCCAAAAAGCAGCAUCCUUUAAUAGAAGAAAUUUACCAGAAGCAUUGCUAAUAAAGUUACAAGAAGAAAAAGAAACUACCGGUAAAUCUGGAACUAUGGUUGAUCUGUUCAGAAUUCCCAGUUUAAGGAAAGUAACGGUUGUCAUGAGCUUCAUAUGGUUUGUGAACAGUCUGGUGUAUUAUGGUCUCAGUCUAAAUGUUGGUAGCUUUGGCCUGGACAUAUAUCUCACACAGCUUAUAUUUGGAGCUGUGGAAAUUCCAGCUCGUCUUGGAUCCAUGUUCAUAGUGCAGAUCAUAGGACGGAAGCUAAGUCAGUCGCUGUGUCUUUUACUAGGAGGAAUCGUUUGUCUCAUCAUUACUGCCAUUCCUAAAACACUGCCUAUUGUUAUCACCGUGCUCGCAGUUAUUGGAAAAUUUGCCAUUGCAGCCUCCUUUUCCAUUUGUUACAUUUAUGCUGCAGAGUUAUUCCCCACGAUCAUCAGGCAGAAUGGAGUGGGACUUUGCUCUAUGACAGCCAGAGUAGCUGGAAUAAUUUCUCCGCUCAUCAUUCUUCUGGAUAAGUACCACUCGGCUAUACCAAUGGGCAUUUAUGGCAGUGGGCCCAUCAUUGGAGGCCUGCUCUGCUUCCUCCUACCAGAAACACGAAACAAGGACCUUCAAGACCAUACACACGAGGCCAAUGGCAUUCCAAGAUCUUCUAACCUUCCAAUAGAACAGCUCAUAGAUGAAAAUCAAGAGAAAGAAGCAGAUCCUUCACAAGAGCAAAAAAGAACACGCUUAUAAAAGGCUUUGAAUGUGUGGUGGCCCAGUACAGGAGGUGUUACCUCGUACCUUCACUGUCCUGUCAGGCAGCAUCCUUCAUUGUCCCCUCCUGCAUUAGUUUCCCCAUUGUAAAUAUGUUGUACUGUAUAAAAUGUGUUAUCACUCUGUUAUACCAUGUGAUAUACCAUGCGAUUGUUACCCAGGAGAUACCAGUGACCAGGUGACCCCAAGAGUGACCUAUGGGCUCCCUGCUAGUCUCCCCCAUAUAAGCCCUGGGUGGAGCUAGAUUCUCUCUCUUUUGCACCAAGUCAUUGCUGAGGUCAGUCGUGCCUAGUGUGUGUGUCCAGAGUAUUGGAGGCCUCAACUUAAGUCCUGCAGCCACAGUCAAGUGCAAGCAAGCUAUACCUGCAGCAUUGUCCGUCAUCAGUCAAGUCAAGUCACUUUCUGUCAAAUUGUCAAGCAACGUGGCCUGCACUAAAUUUCCUAGUCCUACUACAAGUCCCAGCAAGCCCUUAAGGUCUCUGAGUCACUGGUCACCUCCUUGGGCCCUGGCUGAACUGUAUAGACUUUACCAACUGUCUACCCUCAGUAAAGCUACUGUUGUCCGUAACUUGGCGUUGGAGUCUUUAUUGCCCCGUGCCUAGCCCAGGAUCCAGCGGUAUACAUUCGUGUGGUUAUAGGCUAAACCACACCCUGGCGUGACGGAUACAAGGGGUUAAUGCCAUCUGCCCCUAGGUUAACAACAUCUGCCCUCAUCACACCCCGUUACCACAAAUGGGUUUUUAUUAUGAACAGAUUUCUAUCGGAGUUCUUGCUGCCAUCAUGAUAAGACAGUAAUAUUGUAUCCUGUGUGGAUCUACAUAGUUCAGUAAGAUUAUGGUUAAUAGAACAGUUUACACCAUUUCCAAGUAGAUAGUUUGCAGAAUUUAUUCUGUAAUAAGAAGCACACAGAAUGUUAAAUGGACAAUAUCUGAUAAAAGCUGUAGAUGAAAAACGUUUUAUAUUGCUCAAAGUACAGCAAUGGGUUAUCAGCUCUAAUAAAUGAAUAAAUAUGACUCUAGCAUAAAUAUAGUUGUGUCUGCUCCUCUAUUAUGACUCUAUGACCUCACCCUUAAAGGGGUACUUCACCCCUAGACAUUUUAUCAGUCUGAUCGUGGGGGUCCCGCCACUGGGGACCCCCG